AUGGCUACUAGAGGCCUCAAAAUGUGUUUGGGUGGGUCUGUACUCUUCUUGAUCAUUGUUGCCAUAGCAAUUGUGACCUUGUUUUUCACCAUAUUUAAACCCAAAGAUCCAGACAUCAGUGUCAACCCUGUUGGUCUCCAACAUUUUCCGUUUGCCCUUUCACCCAAUUUGACUAUGAAUUUGUCUCUAGCCACGGUGAUAACUAUAGGGAAUCCAAACUAUGGAAGCUUCGAAUUCACAAACUCCACUGGCUAUGUUAAUUUUCAUGAUAAUGUUGUUGCCGAUGUUCCAAUAGGAGCAAAUUUAGUCCCAGCGCGCAGCAAGAUUAAUUUGAACACUUGCACGGAAUUAAUGGUAGGAAAGUUGGCACUUGAUCCCCAUUUUUGGUCAGAUGUUUUAGUUGGGACUUUGAAUUUGACAUCAACAGCGACGUUGCCUGGGGAAGCACGUUUCCUUAAGAUUAUCAGAUUGAAGGCCACAUCUUCUACCUCAUGCAACAUCUCUUUUAAUUUUCAUACUAAGGAUGUUGAUUCCAAGUGUAUAUCCAAAGUCAAGUUUUGA